UUAUUGUUUCUGAAAAUGAUCUGCAUCUUGUUUUCUUUAUGCUUUACUUGUGUUCAUUUAGGCACCAUCCUGGCCUCCUCCUCAGACCAGAGUGAGAUUGUGAACAAACAUAAUGCUCUUAGGAGAGGUGUUCAGCCUACUGCUAGCAACAUGCUGAAAAUGAGCUGGAACGGGGAGGCUGCAGCCAGCGCUCAGAGAUGGGCCAACACCUGCUCCAUGAGGCACAGCUCUGCCAGCUCCAGAGCGAUCAGCAGUAGCGGUUGUGGAGAGAACCUGUACAUGUCCAGCUACAAAAACACCUGGAGCAACGCUAUCCAGUCCUGGUACGACGAGGUGAAGGACUGGCGCUACGGAGUGGGAGCUCUCAACGGAGGAGUAAUUGGACAUUACACACAGCUUGUUUGGUACAGGUCCAACCAGAUUGGCUGUGCCAUGGCCUACUGCCCCAACUCUGCAUACAAGUAUUUCUACGUCUGCCACUACUGCCCACCUGGAAACUACCAGUAUGCUCGCCCCUACAAAGCAGGACCCUCCUGCGGUGACUGCCCCAACGCCUGCGACGACAAACUGUGCACCAACCCCUGUCCCUACGCUGACAAGUACAACAACUGUGCUGACCUGAAGCAGCAGUGGGGCUGCAGCAACAAGGAUGUGGCCUCUUGGUGUCCCGCCUCCUGCAAGUGCACCAGCCAGAUCAUUUGAAUGCCACAUGUGCCCAUGGGCUCUGACUCAUCAGUCAGUUUCAAUAAAGAUACUCAUCUUUCAA